AAGAAAAAGAAAAAGGAGAAAAAAGCGUUAAUAGUACUCUUUGUCCAUUUCGAUACGCCAUAGUUAGUAUAAACUUCCUCCAGUCAGAAUUAAUCCAAACAUAACUCAAGAAAUCUGUCAUUCAUUUUGACGUUUUUGCCUAGGAUAUCUAACUACGAUGCUUGGUGCAGUAUUUCAAAAUUAAAAUAUUUGCUUGAAACGAGGCUUCUCUCAGAAGAAUCCCUACUCUUGACCAAUCAGCGACGUAGACUUCGGCUCCGAACUUCGCCUUGCCUCUCGGAAAAAUCCCGUGUGCCCUAACUGCCGAAAAACACCUCACAGAUUUUCAAAACGAACAAAAACGUCACAAAAUGUCGUCAUGAUAUUUGCACGAAGUCUUCCGAACUGUUUUGGAUGGGAAGCAUGCGGACGCUGAAGCAUCUGUGGUUGCAACCCAGUCUAAAUUGGGUUGUUGGUUAGGUUAGGGACGUCCCAAUGAGCCCGAGUAGCACUAACCAUUUCAUCUGUCGCACUGCUAACGUUAGCUGCUUGAGAGUGACUUUCAACCGUUUGCUAGAUGUUGGACAUGAAUUUUCACCACGUGGCAUCGUCUGUGGUGAAAACUCUACUAAUUUCAUUUUAGUGUUUGUGACCACUCGCAGUGGCCAUACAUAUACUUAUGUACAUUCUUUUUUUGGCUCGCUGCCUAAAGGGGUGCGGCUGUCCGAGGCUGUAAACAAUACGUGUACGCCGCCAACCUGGACGGGUGAACAUACAAAACUACAGAGAAGAGGGACUCGCCCUGGACCCUCUGGCCACCUCGGAGAGUCAGAAUCCACCACAGUUCAGCAGCGGCCCUCUGACUUGGAAUAACAGCUAGCUAGCAAGGCAACCCAACUAAUUGAAAACGUUGCAAAUACCGCCAGACAGAGGAAGUUGUUGGAGGAUUAUCAAGGCACGCAUAUUUUCAUCGAGUAGUCUCUGUACACCCUUGAUCAGAUUAGGUAAAUCGCCGCAGUACUGUCUUUGUCUACACUCAUGUACUGUAAAUGUACUGCAGCAAAUGUUUUUUUAUAAGCCCUCAACUCUUUACGAACAUUGAAAAGGUGUGAUUGAUGGCCCAGUACUCAUCACACACACCCCUACAAGCCACCAUGGAGGAUGACCUGAUGUUUAGUAUGGAGGAGGUGGGCAGUGCUCAGCAUAACCCAAGGAAACAGAGAACCCCAGGUCAACAUGCUCCAUCCCUUAGCGAAGCUAAUGAUAGCGGUGAGGACGACUACUACAUCUGUCCCAUCACAGACGACCCUGUCAGCCAGGCCAAAGACAUCUGUGGCUAUCUGAAGAACCUGGUCCACAGCAAUCAGCUGUCCAACUCUCCCCAAAACUCCUUCAUGUACAAGAAUGAAACAGAAACAGAGAAGGAAACUCCACAACAACGGUCAGUUGAGUUUGGGGCGUUAUCUGACAAUGGACGGGCAGCGUGGAAUAGAGCCUUAGAGAAGGCCAAGGCCAUGCCUGAUCUCUGGGCUGAGUUUCACCUGGAGGAAGUCAAGACAGAGCCAUGCAUACGAUACAGGUACAAGGCUAUCACAGCGGAGUGGUCUCAAGACACAGUGCACAUCAAGAUGUCUGGCCAGCCUUUUGGACGCGGUGCCAUGAGGGAAUGCUUCAGAACGAAGAAGCUGUCUAACUUCUCCCACAGUAGUAACUGGAAGAGUGCGUGUAACUAUGUGACGAAGCGCUACAUGGAGCCUGUGGACAGGGAUGUGUACUUUGAGGAUGUCAGGCUGCAGAUGGAGGCCAAACUCUGGGGAGAAGAGUACAACCGCCACAGGCCACCCAAACAGGUGGACAUCAUGCAGAUGUGUGUGAUUGAGAUGAUGCAGCGUCCAGGUAAACCUCUGUAUCACCUGGAACACUACAUUGAGGGGAAGUACACAAAAUACAACUCCAACUCCGGCUUCGUCAAGGAUGACAACAUCAGGCUCACUCCACAGGUACUUCUUCGUCAAGGACGACAACAUCAGGCUCACUCCACAGGUACUUCUUCGUCAAGGACAACAACAUCAGGCUCACUCCACAGGUACUUCUUCGUCAAGGAUGACAACAUCAGGCUCACUCCACAGGCAUUUAGUCACUUCUCAUUUGAGCGUUCGGCCCACCAGCUGAUCGUGGUGGACAUCCAGGGGGUGGGGGACCUCUACACGGACCCCCAGAUCCACACGGAGAAGGGCAAAGGCUUUGGAAAUGGAAACCUGGGUGUGCGGGGCAUGGCGCUGUUCUUCCACUCCCACCUGUGUAAUAAGAUCUGUAAGAGUAUGGGCCUCACACCCUUUGACCUCUCCACUGCAGAGAAAAGCCAGCUGGACUGCACCAACAGACUGCUGAGGUCGGCCCAGACGGUACUGAGGGGUAGUGAGGAACAGUGUGGUUCAGCUCGUGUUCGUACCAUCUCAGUGGGCCGUGCGCCCCCACUUCUCUCCCGUCUGUCAGAGACCCUGACUGGGGACAACACUAUAAGUGACUCCAUCCCCUGCUCGCCCCUCGCCUUCCCUGGCUCCCCCCUAGGACAGCACUUCUCUAUGGGCUCCAUGGGAAAGUCUCCUCUGGAUUGGUAUUUUGUAAAUGAGAUGGAUGAACGGGAGAAACACAACAACCGCAGCCACAGCCCAGAACACAAGGACUCAGAGAAUGGAGGAGACAGUGGGUGUCCAAGUGAAGGGGACCCCAACGAUGGGGGACAUUACUCUUCUCUACACCAACACUCAGUCUUGCUGACAGAUGAGAAAUGGAGUGUCUACCACACUUCUCGUUCUCACGUCCACCGGCCAUCCUGUGUUGCUGUGGAGGUGGAGAGACUCGACUCCAUGAUCCUGGAGAGGAAGACCGGGAAGUCCAUCCUGGGGAAAGUCCACCUGGCGAUGGUGAAUUACCACGAGGGUGGUCGGUUCUGUGAAAAGGAGGAGCAGUGGGACCAGGACUCAGCCAUGUACCAUCUGAAGACGGCAGCCAUGUGUGGGGAACUAGAGGCUAUCAUUGCCCUGGGACAGUGUUACCUACAGCUGCCACACCAUAUACUGUCAGAGAUUGAGCUAGAGGACAACUCAGGGAGCCGUAUGAAGGGUUUCAAGUUCCUGCUGCAGGCUGCUGAGGCAGGAGACAGACCCUGUAUGAUCCUGGUGGCCAGGGCCUUCGACACCGGCAUCAUCCUCUCACCAGACAGGUCCCAGGACUGGAAGGAGGCGGUGAGCUGGUACAACUGUGCCCUGAACAUGACGGACUACGACGAGGGGGGCGAGUUUGACGGCAUGCAGGACGAGCCUCUCUACCUGCUGCUGGCCAGAGAGGCUGAGAUGUACCAGGAGGGGGGCCAUGGCCUGGACCGAGACCCACAGAGAGCAGGUGAUCUGUUCACACAGGCAGCAGACGCAGCCAUGGAAGCAAUGAAAGGCCGACUGGCCAACCAGUACUAUAUGAAAGCAGAGGAGGCCUGGGGCAUGAUGGAGUAGGAGACAGAGGGGACGUCACUCUGCAAGGCCAAAGGAAUCGGCUAAUGUAGUGAUGGAUACUUCUCCCUAAUGUUUUAAAGUUUACAGACUGUGAUUUCCUAAAUGCAGUGUGAGUGUAUGAUCUGUGUGUGACCAUUUAUGCAGCUGUCCUCUGGCCUAACUGUGUUUCUUGGUGAUAACUGAAGGAAUUGUCUUUAUUUUACACUUUCUAUUUGGAACUGGUCUUUGUCUUUUCAUCUAUUUUCCCCUUUUCUAUUCCUGUCCCCAUUGCCCUUUUGGAUAUACAGUGUAUUCAGACCUCUUGACCUUUUCCACAUUUUGUUACGUUACAGCCUUAUUCUAAAAUGGAUUAUUUUAUUUGUUUCUUCUCAUCAAUCUACACACAAAACCCCAUAAUAACAAAGC